AACAUCUCCGUUCGUCCUCAUGGCUCAAACACUUUGCCUCACCAAGACAUCGAUCUGAUGAAGGUUGUGAAGAAGGUGACAGAUCCGAAAACCUCCGGUGGUUUGGGAUUACAGCUUCCGCUUAUCGUUCGUUUCCCUGAUGUUCUGAAGAAUCGUCUCGAGUGUCUUCAAUCAGCGUUUGAUUACGCGGUUCAGACUCAAGGCUAUGGUUCUCAUUACCAAGGUGUGUAUCCUGUGAAAUGUAAUCAAGAUCGGUUCGUUAUCGAAGAUAUUGUUGAGUUCGGAUCGAGUUUUCGAUUCGGGUUGGAAGCUGGUUCGAAGCCUGAGAUACUCCUUGCUAUGAGUUGUUUGUGUAAAGGU